ACUGCACAUGUGCGAUCCGUAUUCAGCCCGUAACCUUUUGUAAACUGUUAAAAUAGAAAUCGAUUGCAUUGUUUCUAUUCGAGUGAAAUAGGUCGUCUUUUGCGACAGUUGCAGUUUCUUAAUACCGUAAAGAGGGAAAUCAUGAUAGGAGUUGGAUAACUCCAAAAAAUGCUGUCGUUCGUGUAUUUUUUGUUGUGGGCCUUUUUAGUAACAAUAGUUGCAACAUCUAAUCACGUACAUAAUGCUGUGGAAACAGAGAUGUUUGCUAUACCAAUCAGUCCCAAUUUAUUUAACUGGACUUAUCAAGAAUUUGAUCAGCAAUAUCGUUUCCACGCAUCUUUGCAAGGCAAACCUGAGUUACCAUCAUGGCUUCGAUAUAUCUAUAGCGGGCGGCACCAUUCAGGAUUCAUAUUUGGCACUCCACCGCGAGGGACCAAGUCACCUAUUACGUUGGAAGUUAUCGGUCUGAACCGGCAGGAUUACGAAACCCGACGUGUUCUCUUGUCUCUCGUUAUCAAGUCAAAAGAAAAUAUGGCGCGGCAUGAAGUGGAAUUGAAGAUAGACAAUUUAAACGUCGAAGAUCUAUUAGAUGAACAUAGAAUGACACGCUUAAAAGAUAUACUGAAGACAAGGUUGUGGAUGGAAAGCAGCCAAGAUCUGUAUACAACGUUUCUGGCUUCAGCAAUCGAUUUAGGGGCACGUCUACCGCUGAGGCCUAGCGAUGGAGAAGGAUUGGUAGUGAGAUUGGGCAGUUCUGUACCAUUCUCAAAGCAACUGGAGUGGUUGCGGGAGGAAGUGCGUCCGUUAUCGCGCGUGCCCAGCUGCCCCCGGGAAUACAAACGCACCACCUCCGAGAGACUAUUCAGAGAUGCAGGCUUCACACUAGAUUGGUGCAACUUUGAACUGUACAACACUAUAUACAGAGAGGGCUCGACCGAACAUCUAGAGUAUCUGACAGAGAUACCCAAUACUAGCAAGUCGGCACAUUCGAUUAAAGCCGGCACUUGGCCACAAGCGAGCUGGUCCGCGCCGUCGCUGGACUCGCUGCCGACUCGCAGCUACAGCAAGCAACUAGUCGCGGCCGCGGCACUGCCCUUAUUACUACUGUUAAUAGCAGUAGCUGCCCUCACUGCUGUACUGUGCUUCCACUACGCUACCAUGCGAGAUUCAGAAUCAGAGUAUUUUCUAGAAAAUAUAUUUCAUAUUUGUAUUGAUUACAGAAAAAGAAGAGUUCACAAGUCAAAUAAUGUGGAGAUCUGUCGGUAUGGGACUGGCAACACUGAUCAGACACAAGUGGCUGAUAAUACGAGCAAUAAGAGUCUCGGUAUAAGUCCUAAUAACAGCCUCGCUCGUCCGUAUAGUCCGCGGAAUCUCGCCGGUGACUACAAUCGCCCCCAACCGCCCCCUUACCCCCCAACUGCAUCUAACCCCACCACCACACAGCGACGCUCUACACACAUAGACACACCAUCCACCCGCCCACACACGCCUGAGCAACGCCAUCUAGCGCUCGAAGAAUCACUCAAACUACUCAAUGACGCUAAACUGAAAGAGCCUAUACUAGAUUUUGACGAUGGAACAGACGACUAUGUACCGAUCAAGCCCGACUACGUUUCUAUGAAGAAUUUGGACGACAUCGAUGUUCCGGACUUGGCGAAAGUCGGAAUCAUUGGUCCCAUAUGACAGGAAGCAUCUGUGGACGGUCAGCCACCAGUCAAAACCUGGUUCUGCUAAAGCGUGAUUAAAUCUUCGAUUAAACCUGAUUUUCAGUGCCUAUGUGUAAUACAUUUGAUCAGCUUGAAGGAACUGAAAAUAUCACUUCAACGACUUAAAAUCAAAGCUAAAGUCAAAGCGACAGUUAUUAAAUAUUUUUUAUAAAUGUUUACGUUUAAUAACCGAUUAACUUAAUGUUUAUUUUAUUUUACAAGUGGUUUGUGCAUUUUUUAAUUAAUCCUUUUGUAACGACAAUAAUAAAAAAAGAACUGUAUCUUGAAUUCAGGUCGUAGUGGUAAUAUUAAAUUGAUUGGCUAGACAACAUUAGCCAUUAAUACAUAAAUAUAAUAAUAUGACCGACGAUAUUGUGUGUAGAGUUGGGUUACUAGGUAAAUUUGAUACUAGGUAUACAUAUUCCUAGUUUUAUAUAAUACUCGAUCCAAAUACCUAAUCCACCUUGUAUUUUUUAGUUAUUGCAGAUGUCUAACUAUAAAAACUUUAUUGUGUUAAAGUCGAAUAUUAUGAUAUGGAGAAAAAUACUAGGUUGGAAUGACACGUACCUGGAAAUAUGGUCUCCAAUGUCUUAGCGUAGAGACGAAAAUCAUAUGAUUUGCAGGAAUACUUUGUGUAUUAAGUAAUUAAGCUAGUAUUGGGUGUACUUAAUACAUGAAUCUGUUAUAAACACUUUUUUAUACUAGCGCCUAACUUAUUAUUAAAUUUAACACUGUUAUAAAUAUAGUCAAAAAUUGUGAAAAGAAGAACUAUAGUAGGUGAAGGUGCGGCCUAGUAUUGUAAAAUACCGAGUAAAUGGAAUCUGUUCUAAUAGUGUGACCUAGUGAUUUAGUAUUAUUAGCCAAUCUUAAAAUACCUGUUAUAUUAUGAAUGUAGUAUAUAGUAUCUGGUACGCAAACUAUUUGUAAACAAAACUGCUGUGAUUACUGGGGGCCAAAUCUACUAAAUACAUUUUGUUUAAAUCGAAUCGAAAACGGAUCGAAACCGGACAAAACUACGGUUUUUAAUGGUUUUCAGCUUGUUCCAGUUCUAUUUUAGAUGGAAUUGUAUCGUAAGUCACUUAGUAGAAUAGAAAAACCAUUAAAAAUUGUAGUUUCGUUCGGUUUCGAUUCAUUUUCGAUUCGAUUUAAACAAAAUUUAUUUAGUAGAAUUGGCCCCCUGCUGUAAUAAGGUACAAGAUGUUUAAGUGAGCAAAUUCGGUCAUUACACUUGAGAUGCAGUGAGCCUUGAUAUCUUCGUUUGGUUCUUAUAACUCUUUUAUGUUAGGUACCUAAUUUAUAUUUUUUUUUAUGAAAAAUGCUUCAAAAAUCCCCCAUCCCGUUUACCUUCAACUCACCAGAUACCGAACCCACAACCUUUCCCACGCGAGCGAAUGCUCUUUUAAACAUUUUUCAUUAAAAAUAUAUAUCAGUCUAGUCUGCCAUAUAUCAGUAUUCAAUGUGAAUGCAAAACUGAUUAAAUAUAAUAAUCCAAUUCAUAGUUAAUUAUUCUAGUCAAUUAAAGUUAAUCUAGCGAAAUAUAUGUUUUUUUUUGUAUUUUAUUAAAUAUACCGAUUAUAUAGAUAUUCUAAACUUGUAUUUUUAUUUAUUAACCUAUAUAAUAUAAAAAGAUAAUAUUGCUUUGGUAUUUUGCAAAAUACAUCAUGGAAUGCAGCAUCGCUGUCGUAGCAUUAGAGGUAUAAUAGGAGGUUGCAAGGUUUUAAUUAUUUAAAAAUGUAAUCCUGUCAUAGUGCUGUGUUCGAAGCUGUAUUAACAACAGAAGAGCACCUAUGAUGAAGAUAAAUACCAAUUAAAUAAAUAAUUCCCGUGACUUCUCACGCUUAAAUUAUAGCCUAUUUCACUCACGUAUGUUGUAGCUUCACCCCCAGUAAAAGUGGAUAUCAGCACUAAGUCAGACUUGUUGUGUGUCACCAGA